GAGAGAGAGAGAGAGAGAGAGAGAGAGAAUAUCAAGGGAGAAGACUGCAGCAGUGGUAACAUUUCUCCGCAUCCUCCUUGUUCUGCGUGCGAAGAGAACCCUAUUCCAUGUUCUUGAAUCUCUUCCAGUCCUUGUAGCUGAUUAGAUCAGAGGGAAACAAUAGAAUUACGGCAGAGAUCUAGAGUGAGAAAGGUUUAAGAGGUAAAAGAAGGAGCGCUAAGAGAAUAGAAUGUUCCCUUCGACCAAGAAGCCCGGCACUGGUACCGCGGCCUCAAAUGAUCGGCCUAUGUGUGUGCAAGGCGACUCCGGCGGCCUCGUCCUCACCACCGACCCCAAGCCCCGUCUCCGGUGGACCGCCGAGCUCCAUGACCGCUUCGUUGACGCCGUCGCCCAGCUCGGAGGCCCGGAUAAGGCAACUCCUAAGACUAUCAUGAGGGUUAUGGGAGUCAAGGGCCUCACCCUCUACCACCUCAAGAGCCACCUUCAGAAAUUCAGGCUAGGGAAGCAGCACAAGGAGUUCGGUGAGCAUUCAGCAAUGGAGAUGCAACGAAACGUGGCCUCUUCUUUGGGCAUGAUGGGAAGAAGCAUGAACGACCCAAGCGUGAACGUGAAUGAGGCUCUAAGGAUCCAGAUGGAGGUCCAAAGAAGACUCCAUGGGGAACUAGAGGUGCAAAAGCAUCUCCAGAUGAGGGUUGAAGCUCAGGGGAAGUACAUGCAGUCCAUCCUGGAGAAAGCAUACCAAGCCCUCGGGUCCAGCGAUUGCGCCACGUGGCCCACGGGGUACAAAUCUCUAGGCAGCCAGGCAGUCCUUGACAUUGGCAGUUCAACGAGCUUCUCUUCCCUCCAGGACCUACACUUCUAUGGAGGAAGCCACAUGGACCAGCUGCUGCAGCAAAUGGAGCGGCCAAUGGAUAGCUUCUUGACAUUGGGCGAGAGCUUCAUUGGGUCAGCAGGCAAGAAGGACCCUAACCAUUGCAGCUCCACUGGCAAGAGCUCGAUGGUGUGGGCCGGCGAAGAGCAGGCGAAGAGCGCCACCGUUCAACUCCAGAUGGGGUCGUCGAGAACGAUGGAGGGUGGCAUCGACGACAUGGACCCAAUCACCGACCUGUAUGAUGGUUCGAAACCGAUCAUGUCAUGCGAGUCCAUGGGCAGUAAGGGUUUUGAGGGUUCGAGUUCCAAGCUCAAGAUGAAGUCGCCUCCACAACAAGGCACCUGUAGGAAGUGAGAGGAUACGCAUAUAAUCAAAUGUUGGAGCUCAGGCAAAGAACUUGUCCUAUACAUUUCAAUUUUGUUGUGAACCAGCAAAGGUCAGGUCUUGCAUGAUCACUAAACGACCGUAGCUAAUAAUUAGCUAGCUAGGAUGCAUGAUCUUAAGAGGAUCGAUGCAUCAUAUAUAUAUGUUUAACUGUUUGCCUAAGAUUACCUGCUAUCCUGAUUAAGAUGGUUCAGGUAAUUUCCUUUAGCAUCUUAGCGAUGCUUUGAGUUUAACCUUAAUUUGUACAUUUAGUAAAAUGCAUGAUGGUGAAACACGUAUAUGCUUCUAAUUUGUUGCGUGC